UCACAGCAGUUGAGAGAUAAAGGAAAGAAAAUCAAUGAGAGAUUUUGAGCUGGAAAAAGUAGAGUAUGUGGAACUCAAGGAUACAAUACACAAAAAAGGCAAGGGAGAUUAUUUUUCCAUUCAGAAAAAGUGGAAAAUAUCUGGAAGUGAGUGGGGAGGAAAAGGUUAAUUGGAUGGGCACAUAGAGCAGACAGUAAUACAGGGCUUAAAUCAAAGCACCACUAAACAAGGGAUCACAUAUAUUUUUGACCUUCUCAAGAAUAUCAGUGGUGGAAAAGCUCCAUAGGUGUGCCUAUUACGGAGAAAGCAGACGUCAAAUUGCAAGUGAUUAAGCAGGAAAGAAUCCACUCUGGAGAAAAGCACAUACAAAUUAUCUGAAUGUGGCAAAAGCUUUUGUUAGAACAGAUCCUUUUGGUUCGCGGAAAAACCCACCCAGAAGAGAUGCCCUACAAGUGCUUCCAAUGUGGUAAACCCUUUAAGAAAAAUGGCAACUUGGUGAUACAUCUGAGGACUCACAGCAACGAGAAGCCGUAUGACUGUCCAGAUUGUGGGAAACAUUUCAUUGGAUAUUUCCACUUUGUGAGACACCUGAGGACUCACACAGGAGAGAAACCCUUUGAAUGUCAUGAUUGUGGGAAAAGUUUCAGUUACAAUUCCGAACUGGUAAGACAUCAGAUAACUCACACAGGAGAGAAACCCUUUGAAUGUCCUCUUUGUGGGAAAAGUUUCAGUCAGAAUUCUGACCUGGUGAAGCACCAGAGGACUCACACAGGGGAGAAACCCUUUGAAUGUCGUCUUUGUGGGAAAAGUUUCAGUCAGAAUUCCAGUCUGCUGAAUCAUCAGAGGACUCACACAGGAGAGAAACCUUUUGAAUAAAAACCCUUUGAAUGUCCUGUUUGUGGGAAAAGUUUCAGUCAGAAUUCUUACCUGGUGAAACACCAGAGGACUCAUACAGGAGAGAAACCGUUUGAAUGUCCUGAUUGUGGAAAAAGUUUCAGGCAAAAUUCUCACGUAGUGAGCCAUCAGAGGACUCACACAACAGAAAAACCCUUUGAAUGUCCUCUUUGUGGGAAAAGUUUCAGUCAGAAUUCUUACCUGGUGAACCACCAGAGGAUUCAUACAGGAGAGAAACCCUUUGAAUGUCCUGAUUGUGGGAAAAGUUUCAGUCACAAUUCCAGCCUGGUGAAACACCAGAGGACUCACACAGGAGAGAAACCCUUUGAAUGUUCUGUUUGCGGGAAACGUUUCAGUCAAAAUUCCAACCUGAUGAAACACCAGAGGACUCACACAGGAGAGAAACCCUUUGAAUGUCCUGUUUGUGGGAAAAGUUUCAGUCAGAAUUCCACUCUGGUGAGCCAUCAGAGGACUCACACAGGAGAGAAACCCUUUGAAUGUCCUGUUUGCGGGAAAAGUUUCAAUUGUGGGAAACAUUUCAUUGGAUAUUUCCACUUUGUGAGACACCUGAGGACUCACACAGGAGAGAAACCUUUUGAAUGUCCUGAUUGUGGAAAGAGUUUCAGUUACAAUUCCCAACUGGUAAGUCAUCAGAUAACUCACACAGGAGAGAAACCCUUUGAAUGUCGUCUUUGUGGGAAAAGUUUCAGUCAGAACUCCAGUCUGCUGAAUCAUCAGAGGACUCACACAGGAGAGAAACCUUUUGAAUGUCCUGUUUGUGGGAAAAGUUUCAGUCGGAAUUCUCAUCUGACAGAACACCAGAGGACACACACAGGAGAGAAACCUUUUGAAUGUCCUGUAUGUGGGAAAGGUUUCAGCCAGAAUUCCAACCUGGUAACACAUCAGAGGAUUCACACAGGAGAAAAACCCUUUGAAUGUCCUCUUUGUGGGAAAAGUUUCAGACAGAAUUAUGACUUGGUGAUACACCAGAGGACUCACACAGGAGAGAAACCCUUUGAAUGUCCUAUUUGUAGGAAACGUUUCAGCCAGAAUUCCAACUUGGUAACACAUCAGAGGAGUCACGCAGGAGAAAAACCCUUUGAAUGUCCUGUUUGUGGGAAACGUUUCAGUCAGAAUUCUGACCUGCUGAAACACCAGAGGACUCACCCAGGAGAGAAGCCCUAUGAAUGUCCUGACUGUGGGAAAGGUUUCAGGCAGAAUUCUCUCCUGGCAAAACACCAAAGGACUCACACAGGAGAGAAACCUUUUGAAUGUCCUCUUUGUGGGAAAAAAUUCAGGCAGAAUUCUCGCCUAGUGAACCAUCAGAGGACUCACACAAGAGAAAAACCCUUUGAAUGUCCUCUUUGUGGGAAAAGUUUCAGUCAGAAUUCUUAUCUGGUGAAACACCAGAGGACUCACACAGGAGAGAAGCCCUUUGAAUGUUCUGUUUGCGGGAAAAGUUUCAGUCAAAGUUCCAGCCUAGUGAAACACCAAAGGACUCACACAGGAGAGAAACCCUUUGAAUGUCCUGUUUGCGGGAAAAGUUUCAGUCAGAAUUCCAGCCUGGUGAAACACCAGAGGACUCACACAGGAGAGAAACCCUUUGAAUGUCCUCUUUGCGGAAAAAGUUUCAGUCAGAAUUCCACUCUGGUGAGCCACCUGAGGACUCACACAGGAGAGAAACCUUUUGAAUGUCCUGAUUGUGGAAAGAGUUUCAGUUACAAUUCCCAACUGGUAAGUCAUCAGAUAACUCACACAGGAGAGAAACCCUUUGAAUGUCGUCUUUGUGGAAACAGUUUCAGUCAGAACUCCAGUCUGCUGAAUCAUCAGAGGACUCACACAGGAGAGAAACCUUUUGAAUGUCCUGUUUGUGGGAAAAGUUUCAGCCAGAAUUCCAGCUUGGUAACACAUCAGAGGAGUCACACAGGAGAAAAACCCUUUGAAUGUCCUGUAUGUGGGAAAGGUUUCAGCCAGAAUUCCAACCUGGUAACACAUCAGAGGAUUCACACAGGAGAAAAACCCUUUGAAUGUCCUCUUUGUGGGAAAAGUUUCAGACAGAAUUAUGAGUUGGUGAUACACCAGAGGACUCACACAGGAGAGAAACCCUUUGAAUGUCCUAUUUGUAGGAAAGGUUUCAGCCAGAAUUCCAACUUGGUGACACAUCAGAGGAGUCACGCAGGAGAAAAACCCUUUGAAUGUCCUGUUUGUGGAAAAUGUUUCAGUCAGAAUUCUGACCUGCUGAAACACCAGAGGACUCACCCAGGAGAGAAGCCCUAUGAAUGUCCUGACUGUGGGAAACGUUUCAGGCAGAAUUCUCUCCUGGCAAAACACCAAAGGACUCACACAGGAGAGAAACCUUUUGAAUGUCCUCUUUGUGGGAAAAAAUUCAGGCAGAAUUCUCGCCUAAUGAACCAUCAGAGGACUCACACAAGAGAAAAACCCUUUGAAUGUCCUCUUUGUGGGAAAAGUUUCAGUCAGAAUUCUUACCUGGUGAAACAUCAGAGGACUCAUACAGGAGAGAAGCCCUUUGAAUGUUCUGUUUGCGGGAAAAGUUUCAGUCAAAAUUCCAGCCUGGUGAAUCAUCAGAGGACUCACACAGGAGAGAAACCUUUUGAAUGUCCUAUUUGCGGGAAAAGUUUCAGUCAGAAUUCCAGCCUGGUGAAACACCAGACGACUCACACAGGAGAGAAACCCUUUGAAUGUCCUGUUUGUGGGAAAAGUUUCAGUCAGAAUUCCACUCUGGUGAGCCAUCAGAGGACUCACAAAGGAGCGAAACCCUUUUAAUAUUCUGAUUAUGGGAACAGUUUCAGUCGGAAUUCCUGACUGCUGAAUCAUCAGAGGAUUUACCCAAGAGAGAAACUGUUUGCAUGUGUAGAAUAUGGGAAAGUUUCAAUGGGAAUUCUGACCCUGUGAAACCCCAGAGGGCUCACACAGGAGAGAAACCUUUUGAGCAACCUAAUUGUGGGUAUAUUUCAGUCAGAAUUCAAACCUGGCGAUAUACCGGAGGAUUCAUAGAGACUAAUCUGACUGUGGAUGAUGCUACUGGCAUAAAUAGUUCCUUAUUGCCCAAAUGGAAAUCCAAUUGAGGGAAAAGUUGAUGAGUUUAUAAAAGGCUUUAAUUUCAUUUCUCAUCUCUCAUUAGGAAUGUAGGUAAAAACAUACCUCAGAAUUAGACUUGUAAGUGGAGAAAAAAGGAAAAGGGCUAACUACCAGUUUCUUGUUAUCAGCAGCAAUUUCAUUUUUGCAGAAGUAGUGGAAUUCCUGAAA